AUGGUUUCUGUUGUACCUGACACUAGAACUGAUUAUCAAACCAUGGCAGAAAAACAGGAACGCGAACGCAAUCAAAUCGCCGCUAACCAGUUGCCCGAACUGGCGAUGACUUUGUCAGAGGAACAAGGUACACAUACACACCAGGACUCAUACCGGCAGUUUCGAGCCGAUGUCCGAGAGGUACAACCACAUCAACAUGGACAUUGCGAGGAAAAUAGCUAUCUCCCCACCAUUAUGGGCCGCUUCACGAUAGCUAGAAACCAUUCCAAUGCAAGACUUUCAGGCAGAAACAGCUGCAAAAACCUUCGCCAUUCACUGGGUUUCAAGGUUUGGCACACCGGCAACCAUCACAACUGA